AUGCCUCUCCCGAAAGAUGAUCCGCGUGUCCGGAUUCUCAAGACUGCCUUCAUCACCUACUCUCAUGCAGAUCUGGCCAAGGCACGACAGUUCUUGCUGGACUUCGGUCUGGUCAUUCUUGAAGAGCGCGCUGGAAAAGAAAUAUUUUUCCGCGGAUUUGGCUCAGAGCCAUUUGUCUACCGGGCCAAGCAAGCAGAAGUCGAGUCUACUUUUGACGGAGGCGCCUACGAAGUGGAAACGAGAACAGAAUUGGAGAAGGCUGCCAAGAUACCAGGAGCUACGCACAUAUAUGCCCUGGAUACUCCUGGUGGCGGUGAAGCCGUCACUCUGACGGAUCCCGCUGGUUAUAAGAUACACCUCGUCUAUGGACAGGAGUCACGAGUUCCGGACAGCCCAAAUCGAGAGAAGCUCACCAUCAACUUUUUGGAUGAGAAGCCAAGAUUGGGCAAAUUCCAGCGUGUCCCUCCUGGCCCUGCGCCUGUAUACAGGUGGAGUCAUGUCGGCGUUGCGUACCCCGUAGGCAUGUUCCAAGAGAUGUUCGAUUGGUACACCAAGAACCUCUCCUUCGCGCCUUCAGAUGUCCUGCUCAAAGACGGGAAUCCUUCCACUUGCUUUCUUCACAUCGAUCGAGGCCUUGACUUCAUGGACCACCAUGCUUUCUUCAUCAAAUCCGCCAAACCAAACCAGAAACCUGCCGUUGCACAUGCGGCCUUCGAAGUCCAUGACCUUGACGUCCAGCAACUGGGCCACCAGCACCUGGUUUCACAGGGAUAUGAGUUAUGCUGGGGGGUUGGCAGAGUACGUACUAACCCUUCCGUUCUGCUGAACAAUUCAUUAUGA